AGAUCAUUCCAUUGUGGAAUGCUGUGAAAUAGAGUUCAUAAUCAAUUUUGUUAAUUUUGAAUUUAGUGAACAUAUAUCGUAUUUAUUUAUCUCAAAUAACGGACCAUUCAGCAGCAUGAGUUUUGAUUCAAUUGUCCUAAGUACAUUCAUUGUACUAUUGUCGUGUACUUGCAAUGGUUCACCGCCACGUGAUUCUCGCGAUAUUAAUAAUCAAGAGAUCGUUGGUCAGGCUACGAAUAUCAUCACUUCAAAAUUGCUGAAAGGUGGCAUCGAAAAUCAUAAAAACAGCGUUUUUUCACCAUUCGGUUAUGCCACCAUAUUGACCAUUCUGGAAGAAGGUGCACACGAUGACACAAGCUACGAUAUCAGAACAAUGCUAAAGCAUCCGAAUGACCGUGCACUGGUUCGAAGUGCUUAUCGAUCAGUUUUAUCGCAUCUUCAAGGAUUAGAUCCUGAUGUUGCUCCACAGUUUCGUACUUGGUUCUAUAUCUACAAAAAUAAUACGGCUGAUGAAUCAUUCAAAGAAACAAUAACAAAGGAAUUCUAUGUAACUGUACGUGAUGUGGAGCCAAUCGAUGAACAACAAAUGGAUGAACAACCAACUCCGCCAAUUGCAAAAUCAGUCGAAGAGGUUAAGUCAACAAUUGUACAAGUCAAACCAGAAGGCAAACCGACAAAUAGCAAGGAUAUUCUUCAAUUUGAUUCGUAUAAGAUGGAGAGUCCGGUUGACGAGACAAGGAUCGAUAAUCAAAAAGAUGCUUCGAAAUUCGAUGAAGUUGUUGAAGAUCGUCAAUAUGUUGAGGCACCAGCUAUAAGAAAUAAACUACAACAAGAGAAGGCAAAAUUUGAAAAAGAGCAACAAGAAAAAAAUCGACCGGAAAAAGUGGAACAGGCUAAAAAGCAACAAAGUAAAAAUUUGGGAGAAUCAAAAGCGUCUGAAUCGUUGAAAGAACAUCAUGAAACUAUUGGAACAGAAAAAUCAUCGUUGCCAACUAAACAAUAUGAAGAAAUGGAAAUAAUGCAGGCUGAAGAAAGUCGCUCGGGCAAAGCUUUUGCAGGAAAAUAUGGCGAAGGCGCUUCAAUCAUAAGCGGAAAUUCAAUUGUAGGAGAAAAAGAAGACUAUAAAGAAGGCGAUGCAUAUCAAUUCGAACCGAAAAUGUUAUUGUUCAAUGGUUUAUAUUAUCAUGGUAGCUGGGCCAUUCCAUUCCAGCAUUUACGUGACGCUGAAAUUGAGAAUAUAUUCUAUGCAGUAGAUGGUGAAAAAAUUCAAAUCAAGAUGAUGAAAGGUCGCGGUUACUUCCGAACCGGCAAAAUUUCCAAAUAUAAUUGUGAAGCCAUUGAACUUCCAUAUGAUAACAUUCGCUAUUCAAUGCUGGUGGUUAUGCCUCAAGAAGGUCCAGGUGGAUUGGAGAAAUUCAUAAGUGAAUUCAAUGCAAAUGGUUUAAACGAAAUUUCAAGUGGUUUGAAAGAGGAAUUGAUUAAUGUCGGUUUGCCAAAAUUCGAAGUACAAACAACUGGCGGCGCAGAAAAAGUUCUGGCCAAAGAAGGUUUGGCAUCCAUGUUCACAUCAAAAGCAAAUUUUAGUGGCAUAUCGAAAUCACAAAAGCUACGCAUUGGUGAACUUCAACAGCAUGUUAUUUUGAGUGUUGACGAAACGUCCAGUUCAGAAAACUCGUUGACUGCAGUAAAUGCACUACGAUCAAGAGAACCAGCGAAUCAACGAUCUAUAGUUAUUAAUCGACCAUUCUUUUUCUUCAUUCGUGAUCGACUCGAUGACGUCACUAUAAUUGCCGGAAAAAUCACAACACUUGAAGCAUUUGCAAAUGAUGAACCAGAAAUACCAAGAAGUUGAACAUAUUCCAAUUCCAUAUAUAGACUAUAAGCUUAAGUUUGUGAUAAGGAGCACUUUUUCGUGCAAUCUCACGAUAGUUUAACAAAUGUUUCGCAGAGAUUGACAAUUUUUCUAAAUAUCUUUAAGACAGAUGCAUAUAUCUUUCUUACAUUUUCAAUAAAGAAAUGACAAAAUA